CAAUGUCUGGAGCCUUCAAAUCCGAAGAACCUGCAGCAACUGUUCAGGACUUCGUUAAAAUACCACUCUAUCUAAUAAGUCUCAAUGGCGUGAAACUUUUUAAAUGGACCCCUAACGAGCCAACAACCCGCAAACAAAAGAUAUUAUUUCGCAUGUGUUUCUGCAUGGUAUCUUUCAAAAUCGUUGGCAUGACGCUGUUCUUCUUGUUCGAUGAAUUGGAGAGUGCCUUAGAUUACACUGCAUUCAUCAUCUACUGGGGGUACACGCUCAACUCGUUAAUGAAAGGUGGCACACUAUGGCUUCGUCGACAUGAACUGGAAUCAAUAGUCAAGGGUUUGUUGGCAAGGCAUCCGAAAACCGCAAAGGAGCGCAAGGCCUACCGUGUAGUGGAGUAUUUUAAGAAAAUAAGGAUCUACAACAUGUAUCUGGCACUUUGGGAUCUAGCCACCGCUUCAUUUUUUAAUUUACAUCCUAUCACCACAUCGAUUAUUGAGUACUUGUGGCGUGAGGACAAAGAACAAGAAUUCAAUUAUAGAUUUCCGUUCAUUAUGUGGUACUAUUAUGAUGAGGAGCGACCAAUUACUUAUUUAAUAACCUACUUUACACAAAGUUGUGGUUCACUAUAUAUGACUUUUUUGUUUUUGGGUGGCGAUUUGUUGCUCAUAACUUUGGUACAUUUGGUCAAUAUGCAUUUCGAGUAUUUAGGAAAAUAUAUCGAGGAGUUUCAACCGACUGGAACUGAUGAAGAUAUGAAAAUGUUGGGACCAGUGCUGUCGUAUCAUCGCGAAAUAUUGGGCUACGCCGAGAAAAUCGAUUCCGCUUUCAGCAUAUCCAUUCUUCUCAACUAUAUCGGUUCAUGUGUCGUACUUUGUCUCAUCGGACUGCAACUAGUGACUGGUACAGAGUUCGUGAGCAUACUCAAAUUCUUUGCUUUUCUUAUUGCAACUAUGGUCCACGUCUAUUUUAUCUCUUACUUCGGCAACAAUCUUAUCGACUUGAGCUUCGGUAUAAGUGAAGCCUUUUACAAUCAUCCGUGGUACAAUGCGAAUUAUAAGUACAUGCGCAUGUUGGUUCUGCCCAUAGCACGAGCACAGCGGUACGCCCAUCUGACGGCUUGUCAGUUCUUCGAGAUCUCAAUGGAUAGUUUCAAGUCGCUCUGUACGACUUCUUACCAAUUCUUCACGCUCUUGAGAACCAGUUUGGAAGAUGAAGAAGGUUAGACGUAUGUAGAAAAAUGUGCGCACCGUAGUGAUUUAGGAAUCUGGAACGGUAGUUUCUAGCUUUUAUCUGUGUAUUAAAAUAUUGUAUUUGCAUUUCGGUCCCACGCUUUUAAAAAUAAAUGUUACAUAUGUGUAUGUAGUUAACACCAG